AUGCCUUCUACAUCCACAGCAGUUGGCUGCGCAGUGGGGAUUCCUGCCGCGCUUGUGGUUCUAUUCAUUGGUUUCUGGCUGCUACGUCAACAUCUCAACAGCAAAAAGGAAGAAAAACUCGCCGAAGAAGAGUUCCAGCAACCGAACGAGGGUAAGGCGGAUGGAGACUAUUUGGACUCAGUGCCGGUUCUUGAAGACAUCGGCUACAUCAAGCAUCUCAAUAGAGACUCUAGAUUCAGAGAGGAGACAGUGCGCGACUCGCCGUCCACCAGUACAAUAGUAUGA